UCAAAAUGCACUGGGUGAACCAGCCUACGCAUUCUGGCAUGUUCAAACAUCUUGUUGGGUGUGUCAGGUGAAAUGAGUUGUUUGUCGUCGAUAAUCGGUAUUUAAACGCAAUUGUAUUAGCUCACCAAAAGUGCCUUAUAGUGGGGUUAGAACAACGGGACGUCUGUUAAAUCCGAGCGGUAGUAAAACUUCCGCCAAAAAAUGGGUUUAUUGUGGCGCAGCUAUGGGUUGUUUGCCGUGCUCACCCUGAUGGGCGUGUUGGCCCAGUACGAAUGGCAACCAAAGGACGCGUUCGACGAAAUAAAGGUCCGCUUCGACAAGGUGAAUGGGGACAACUGUCCAAUUUUACCACCCCGGGAUUUAACGUUGCCGGAGGAAAGCGUUUCCCAUCUGCCGGACAUUAAGGAUGUAAACAUCAAUCCCGUGUUUCCCAAUCGAACGGCCCUGCUGCACCUGCACAACAUGGCACUGAGUCGGGCGUUCUUCUGGAGCUACAUCCUGCAGAGCCGCUUCAUUCGACCGGCCAUAAACGAUACGUACGAUCCGGGCAUGAUGUACUACUUCCUGUCGACCGUAGCAGAUGUAUCCACGAAUCGUCACAUUAACGCGUCCGCCAUCUACUUUGCACCCAACUCAUCGUUUUCCUCCUCGUACCGUGGUUUCUUCAACAAAACGUUCCCUCGGUUUGCACCGCGCACCUACCGGGAGGAUGAUUUUAACGAUCCGAUUCAUCUGGAGAAAAUUUCCACCCUAAAUACGUUCUACGUGCGCGAUCUGGGCGCGUUUCCUCCGGAUUCUGCCCUGCACGACUAUACGAUCAAGAACUACCACAUCAACGAGUGGUACAAUGCAUGGCUGCCGGACAAUGUGGAAAAGCGGCACGACACGAAAACGACGUAUCAGGUGGAAAUUCGGUACGCAAACAACACGAACGAAACGUUCACAUUCCACGGGCCGCCUGGAGCGGAUGAAGAUCCGGGUCCGGUAAAAUUUACCAAACCGUACUUUGACUGUCGUCGGUCAAACAAGUGGCUUGUGGCGGCUGUUACACCGAUUGCCGAUAUAUACCCGCGUCAUACACAGUUCCGGCACAUCGAAUACCCGACGUAUACGGCCGUUUCGGUGCUAGAAAUGGAUUUCGAGCGAAUCGAUAUAAACCAAUGCCCGAAAGGUGAGGGUAACAAAGGGCCAAACGUAUUCGCCGAUACGGCACGCUGCAAAAAGGAAACAACCGAAUGCGAGCCGAUAGAUGGUUGGGGAUUCCGAAGAGGUGGCUAUCAGUGUCGCUGUAAACCGGGGUACCGUUUACCGGGCGUUGUGCGGAGACCAUACCUUGGGGAGAUACUCGAGCGUGCCUCGGACGAACAGUUUUACAAUGGGUUCGAUUGUAUGAAAAUAGGAUGGGUUCAAAAGGUACCGAUCAAGUGGUUCCGUGCACCGACGUACGUGCGGGAACAGUAUCUAAAUCGGUACUACGAGUACAAAAACUACACAACCGGCCCGAGCUCGCUGCAUUCCCACAAGCUCAACAUCAACGAGGUGCUGAAGUUCAUUUUGGGCGUCAAUGGACGAUCGUGCAAGAACUAUCACCCGCAGGAUCUGAUGCUAACCGGCGAGUUUGCGUACGAAGCGCAAAAGCAGUUUGAAAACGAAGCCAAGAUGGCGAUCCGAUUGGCAAACUUUAUCAGCGCGUUCCUGCAGAUAUCGGACCCGACCGAGGUGUAUUCGGGCAAGCGGGUUGCAGAUAAGCCGUUAACUGAAGAUCAAAUGAUGGGUGAAACAUUGGCACUGGUGCUCGGCAAUACACGCAUCUGGUCGGCGGCCACGAUGUGGGAUCGACGCAAGUUCCCGAACCGUACACUGUUCGGACCGUACGCGUACAAGCGCGAACUAAACACGCGCAAAUUCAACAUGGAAGAUUUGGCACGGUACAACAAAACGGGCGAAGAGUACAUCGACAAACCGUUCUUCCGGCUGCUGAAGCAGCGGUGGGCAACGAAUUUCGAUUCGCUUGAGAAGUACUAUCUGAAGAUACGGCUGCGCCAUAACGAGACGGGCGAGUAUGCGCAACGGUAUGAACAUUUCCCAAACUUUUACCACGCGGCCACGAUGGAUCAUGGCUAUUGGACGACGCCCGAGUUCGACUGCAAGGGUUAUGUGAAGAAGUGGCUCAUAACGUACGCGGUACCAUUCUUCGGCUGGGACAGCCUGAAGGUGAAGCUGGAAUUCAAGGGAAUCGUUGCAGUUUCAAUGAACAUGCUCCAGCUGGAUAUCAACCAAUGUCCGGAUGAUUAUUACGAGCCGAAUGCAUUCAAAAACACUCACAAAUGCGACGAGAAGUCUUCAUACUGUGUCCCGAUCCUUGGCCGUGGGUACGAAACGGGCGGUUAUAAGUGCGAAUGUCUGCAAGGAUUCGAGUAUCCGUACGAGGAUCUGAUCACCUACUAUGACGGGCAGCUGGUCGAGGCCGAGUUUGAGAACAUUGUCAACGAUAAGGAAUCGCGCUUCGAAACGUUCAAGUGCCGUCUGGCGGGAGCUGCCGCACUGCAGGUGCAAUUUACCAUCCUGGCCUUUGUAAUGCUAUUUGGUUGGAUUUUGCUGCGCCGGAAUCAGUGUUAGUUAAGCGCAUGUUUAGGGCAACAAAAAGGCGAUUGCAUGUGUUUUUUGUUGUGUCCCCUGUUUUUGGGACCGAGCAAGGAAACAAGAGCUAGCGGGUAAGCAUUUAAUUUUAGCAAAUCAUCAAUCGCACGAUCGGUCCGAUUGGUGGGAGACAAAUUUAAACAUUCUCAGCGCAUCUUCAGGGGCGCUUCAAGUAAACAAACUCCAUUCCAUCCAAUGUGCAACGAAAUUGCAUCUCGAACCAUUAGGGUAAAAUGCGAACUAAUGUAAGGAUCCUACACCUUAGGGAAGUAAGAAGUUAUUCCAUCCAACAAGAGAAAAAAGAUAAGAUAUCAAAUAAUAUUGACAGCUUAAACGGUGCCGUCCAAAAGAGAGAUGUGUUCCACCUGGAACAUUGUUAGAUAUUAAAUAGCUACGUACAGUAUAGAUGAUAGCCACGUUGUGCCCAUAGAGUAGUGGAGGUUCUUUUUUAUACAUAUACACAGAAGCUAUUUAAAGCUUCCAAUGUCUUUUUAAGCUGUGUUUCGAAUCUCCAACUAAAACGAUACCUGUUUUAUACCAAUCAAUUAACAGUGAAGGAAUAAAUUCUCAACUCUAACGUAA